AUGCGCAUCAAGAAUGUAAGGAAAACACGGCCGAAAAGCCCAACUCGAGGUGCACAAUAUAAACGACAGCGACGCCAGUCCCCGCAGGUCGAUUCAAAUGAUCCGGAGAAUCCCCAGGAGCCCAUCUCUGUUCCUGUAUCAGAUACGCCCGGCGCUAUGCAGCCUGAAACAUGGUCCAUGAUAUUGGCUCGGGUUGCUGAUCAACCUUUUACCUUUCAAGUCCAGAGAUUCAAGGACUGGAGACGAGCUGGGUCAACACAUGAUGAUCAGUGCUGCAUUUGUCACAAACUAGACAACCUUGAGCUGUGCAAUACCUGCAGACUGGCAUUUCACCCCCACUGCCUGCCGAACGGGUGGGCACGCGAUUCCGGCAAUCACCUGUUUUGUGCGAUAUGUGUCGCCCGAGGCUGGGAUCAUUCACCUCCGGUACUAACACCACCUACGUCUCCUCGGCCAUCGCAAGCAGAGCUUCCCGCCCCAGUUUCAACUACCAAUGCCGAUUCAAAUGCUCUGACACCGGCCCCAGCACUGCGGAACGAUGAGCUGGAAGUUGCCCAGGCACACUACAAUACAACUCCCGGCGCGAAACUCGCGGUGAUUGCUGGCCAGGUCCCAACAAAUGCGCGCAGUGACUAUACUGCAAGCAGCUGCAUGCCUGCAGAUUCCGGCACCGCCGAACCAAGACGCCGCCAGCGCAAAUCGCGGUAUAGCACAUUGUCUGGUGAGGUAGAUUUGUCCCUCGCGACCAUCUACCGUGAGCUGGAAUCGGUUGCUUCCCUGCGGUCUCAGAUUGAAUAUUUGCGCGACGCAAAUGCUCAACAGACUCAAACCAUCCGAAUUCAUGAACAGAAUCAGCAGGCUAUGCGCAAAGAGCUGGAAACCCUGCGAGCGAAUGCGACGAACUCCGCAAGUGCUACUAGGGAAUUAAACGAGCUUCGAGAAAAGAAUGCCUCCCUGGAGGCCGAAUUGCAAAUUUCGAGGGAGCAAACUGCUGCAGCGAAGGAGUUAAAGCAACGACUUGCCCAACUCCUCAACAACUAG